AUGGCGGCCCUAACAAGGUUCGUUUCCAAAUCAGCAGAGAAGGCCUUGCCAUUCUUCAAAAUACUCCGAGGAAAUAAGAAGUUUGAAUGGGGAGAAGAGCAGAAGCAAGCCUUCGAAAAGGUAAAGGAGCACUUCCAACGACUGCCCACCAUAACCCGGCCAGAGUUGGGGGAAAAACUACAGCUAUAUGUGUCGGUAACCGAGAAGACGGUCGCGGCGGUGUUACUGGUGAAUCGGGAGGGGCAGCAAAGCCCCAUAUACUUUGUCAGUCACGUACUUGCCGGAGCAGAGCAGAGGUAUGAACUGCUGGAAAAAAUGGCCUAUGCCGUCUUGAUUGCAGCAAGAAAGCUGAGACCAUACUUUGACUCCCACACUGUCCAAGUCCUCACAAAUCAGCCUUUGGAAAAAGCCCUCCACAAACUAGACACCACAGGGAGACUAUUGAAGUGGGCAAUCGAGCUGUCGGAGUUCGACAUAGAAUACCGGCCGCGUACCGCGAUCAAAGCCCAAGCUUUAGCAGACUUCAUAGUGGAGACAACUUACUCUGAACCCGCAGAAUCCGCCGGCAGGUGGAAAAUCGAGGUGGAUGGAUCAGCAGCCCAGAGUGGAGCCGGAGCCGGAGUGGUCAUGACAUCUCCGGAAGGGGAAAUCUUUGAACAUGCCAUCCGCUUCGGGUUUAAGGCCUCCAACAAUGAAGCUGAGUACGAAGCAGCCCUGGCCGGACUAACCAAAUUGAGGGAACGUAUGAGGCCGAGAACCGGUAAUGCAGAAAUACCUACAUCUGGUAAAGAACAUGGUAAAGGGACUACAAAGCUUCGAAGUGCAAUUGGUCCCGAGAGCAGAAAACAUGGCGGCAGACGCCUUAUCAAAACUGGCGAGUUCCAGUCUAAGCGACAAGAAAAGGAACGUCAGGGUGGAGACCUUGGUAGACAGAAGUAUAGAAGUUGUCCCACAUCCGUUAAUACAAUCGCUACCGAAUCAGAAUGGUAUGAGGGUAUACUGGCAUAUAAGCUCAAAGGUGAGCUCCCGGAAGAUAAGAUGACGGCACAAAAACUGAGAAGGGAUUCUGUCUGGUAUUGCAUCUUUCAAGGGCAGUUGUACAAGAAAGGGUUCUCACUACCUUUACUAAGGUGCGUCACGGCCAACGAAGCGACAAAAAUAAUUGAGGAAAUUCAUGAAGGAAUAUGCGGGAACCAUAUCGGUGGUAAAGCGUUAGCGCUGAAAGCACUGCGAGCAGGGUUUUACUGGCCUACAAUGCUGACGGAUGCCCAAACCUACGUGAAAAAAUGCGAUAAGUGUCAAAGGUUCGCACCAGUGAUCAACCAGCCGGCCAAUGAUCUCCAGCCGAUAUUAAAUCCAAUCCCUUUCGCGCAGUGGGGGAUGGACAUUAUAGGGCCCUUUACGCCGGCAUCCGGGGGAAGAAAAUUCUUAAUAGUGGGUAUUGACUACUUCACGAAAUGGAUAGAGGCAGAGCCAACGGCAAAAAUAAUGGCUAAUCAGGACCACCGAAUAGGAGGCCACCGGAGAAACCCCGUUCAGGGUAGCUUUCGGGGCAGAGGCGGUACUCCCGGUGGAAGUAGGACUGCCCAACUGGCGGACUUAGACCUCUUACAAGAGGUCAGAUUAGCUGCAGAGCUGAGGUCGGCAGCAUACAAAGACCGGAUAAGCAAAUCCUACAAUAAAAGAGUACGAAGCCGUCCUAUCUCCAAAGGAGACCUCGUCCUCAGGCGGACGGCAGCAACGGGAAAAGUCCACGUGGACGGAAAGCUCACGGCCAAUUGGGAAGGACCUUACUUGGUGAAAGAAGAGAUAGUACCAGGGUCAUAUCGGCUCGAAGACAUGGCAGGCAAGCUGUUGAAAAAUAGUUGGAACGCCAGUGUCCUUAAGGAAUACUAUGUUUAG